CUCUUCCCUUGCUCCUACAUCCGAACCCAUUGGUCUUCCAUCAUUAAGUGAUUUAAGGAUUUCUGCCAAUUUCCUCUUCUCGCUUUCUCUGGCAAUACUUUCGGAUCUUAGUCUCUCAAUCUCGAGCUCAUAAACCUCUACUCUCUCUCUUAAAAAUAGUAUCUCUUCUUCUUGUGCUGGUUCACGACCAUCGUCGUCAGAUCCUUCAGGAUCGUGAUUCACCAUAGAUUCCUUGUCAGACUGCUGGUCUUUGAGCUGCUUCUCUAAAUCACGGAUUUUCCUUUUCAGAGUUUGGCUGUCUUUCUGAAGUUUCAGUUUAUCUGACUUUAGCUCAACAUUCUCCGAAAUCAUUUCCUUUAUUCCUUCCUCGGAGCGGCGAUUCAACGCCUCAUUGAGAAAAUGAAUUCUCAUCUUCAAGUCAAAGUUCUCUUUGGAGAGACGAUCAAUGGUGCUGCUUUGCUCUUUGAGGGUCAUGGACCGGCCACUCCUUGCAAAGGCUGGAGUGGCACCUGCACGCUUGUCUGGUGAUAAUCCACGGCCAGCAUAGUCUUCUCUAAAUUGCUUCACAAAUGUGCUUGGUACCUGGACAUCUUUGACACGUUCUGCGAUGGCCGUAUCUGUGGGGAAACUGAUAUCCUGCGCUUUUGCUUUAGGUGUCAUUAGCCCGGUGGUAUCUUCAGCCAUAGGUUCCUCUUGGUUUUGUCCGUGCUUUUGCUGGGAUGAUCCGAGACGUGACUGCAAAGGUGUUUCCUCCUCGUUUAAGGUAUCUAAGCCGCUUUCCGUAGUGCUGCUAGGAUUUCUCUUAUCGAGGAUAUUUUCAUCACUAUACCCAGAAAUACCGGAAGCCAUACUCCCUAAACUCACUGAUCUAGCCAGGUUGUUACGCUGUUCAUGUUGGACAGUGCCAGUGUUACCUGGUACUGCACCUCCCGACUGAAGCGCGUAGUCAGCACCCAAUGUUGCAUCACUAUUCACUUCUGUAUUGUUGCUUGUCACCGAGGAAUAAG